CGGGGGAAAGGAGAGAGUGAGCGAGCGGGAGUCAGGACAGGAAGCUAGUUUCUCAUUCCUCUAACUGUCCGAAGGCAGGAGGAGGGGAAGGGGGGGAGCCAAAGAGGAGCCUUGUGCAGACUCUUCCCCGGUCCCUUUUCAUUAGUCCGUUUGAACUUCCAGUCUCCUCUGAAAGCCAAGAGAAGGACAACAACCAGACUGGGACGCUUUCAGCUGGAAGCAACAACACCACAGCUGACGAAACCCAUAAGGUGGCCGUGGAGGGUCCCGGGACCACGCUGAGGGAAUAACUUCCCUCCUCCCCGCAUCAUCAUCUUCCCCCAACUUGCCAGCUCCGAUGUGGGCACCCGUCCACCACCCACUUCCCUCUGAUGAGAACCCUUCCGGGCUCGGGCUAUGAUCGCUGCUGCUGCCGACUGGGGAGCCUCCUCUCGCCCUGACCUUCCUCUGCCACAGGAGAAGCCCAACAUCUGGUGGGGAUUCAUGUUUACUUCUUUGGCUGGACGCUGUACGGGACCCCCGAUGUUGCUCCCUGGGAGCAGGACACGGGCGGUGGUCUGAGGAGAAGAGCGAGAUUUUUGUCACCCAGCGUGAGGCCGGGGGGAGGGGGGCAAGGCAGGAGGGGGGCCAACCUCUUUUGGGACUAACCUCAUGAAGAACAAGGGAGCCAAACAGAAACUCAAGAGGAAGGGAGCCGCGAGCGCUUUCGGCUGCGACCUGACGGAGUAUCUGGAGAGCUCUGGGCAGGAUGUCCCCUACGUGCUGAAGAGCUGCGCGGAGUUCAUUGAGACUCAUGGCAUUGUGGAUGGGAUCUACCGCCUCUCAGGAGUGACUUCCAACAUACAAAAGCUGAGACAAGAAUUUGUUUCUGACCAAUGCCCGGAUCUGACAAGGGAAGUUUACCUCCAGGACAUCCACUGCGUGGGGUCUCUCUGUAAGCUGUAUUUCAGGGAACUGCCCAACCCUCUCCUCACUUAUGAGCUCUACAAGAAAUUCACGGAAGCAGUAUCUCGCUUCCCUGAGGACGAGCAGUUGGCACGAAUCCAAAAUGUCAUCCAGGAGCUCCCACCAUCCCAUUACAGAACACUGGAAUACCUGAUCAAGCACCUGACUCACCUGGCCUCCUUCAGCAACAUGACCAACAUGCACACCAGAAACCUGGCCUUAGUGUGGGCUCCCAACCUCCUCAGGUCAAAGGAGAUUGAGGCAGUUGGCUGCAAUGGGGAUGCAGCUUUCCUGGAGGUGCGGGUGCAGCAGCUGGUGAUCGAGUUCAUCCUGAAUCACGUGGAUCAGAUCUUCAACAACAACAGAAAAGCCAGCUCUGCAGAGAACAUUGAAAGUGCAUCAGUUGUGAAAAGUCUGACCCUCCCCUCGGCCUCCCUGCCGAUGAAACUGGUGAGCCUGGAAGAAGCACAGGCACGGAGUCUUUCUGCCUCCCACCCUGCUCGGAAGGAGAGACGAGAGAACAGCUUGCCUGAAAUUGUCCCUGUAACUGGGUCUCUCUUCCACACAGUUGUUGACCUCCCUGACAGCAAGAGAAAAUUAUCUACCAAGUCCAAGAAAUGGAAGUCGAUAUUUAACUUGGGCCGUUCGGGCUCAGAAUCAAAGUCUAAACUGAGUCGAAAUGGGAGCGUCUUUGUAAGGGCACAGAAGCUCUCUGAAAAAGCAACUAUUCGUCCUGCGAAGAGCAUGGAUUCGCUGUGUUCCCUGCCAGUUGAAGGGGAGGAUGAAAAGAGCAGAUUCAAGAGGACAGUGACUACUGGAGGGUUUUUUGUUCCGGUGAUGAAGAUACGGACAGGAGGCACAGGCAGCUCAUAUGACCUCAGUAAGGAGAGUGAGUGGGAACGGGAACGAUCUGCCACGGGGGCCAAAGAAAGCUCAGACCUGAGUGGGGAGAAAGGUCCUCCCCGGACACCGCAGGCAAAGUCACCCCCUGAGCAGCUGAAGGUCUUCCGGGCAGAGGAUGCUGAAAAUGAGCAGACUUCCCCCAAAGGCGGCCGCAUGUUCUACACCUCUGAAACAGCCACCAAGUCAGGCUUCCCAAGCAGUCUCUUUCCCUUGGAGGCCUCCCCUCGUCACCAGAGGAAGGCCCUGAACAUCUCCGAGCCUUUCGCCGUCUCUGUCCCCCUGCGGGUAUCCGCAGUUAUCAGCACCAACAGCACCCCAUGCCGUGUGCCUGCCAAGGAGAAGCUUUCCCUCUCCAGCCUAGAGGAACUGUCUUCCCUUGUGGCUGAGAGCACGAGUCCCUCUGCCCUGGAAGUGGGGACCCACACGAGGGCAGAGCAGGCACCAGAGCGGAAGGAGAAACAGCCCACGCUGCCAGCGGCAGCAUCCAGAGGCUCUCACACUGAGGAGCUGGUGGCAGCCAGGAAACCUGAGUCCUUAGAAAAUCCACAGGCAGCAGCAGAAAAUCAGGAGACGUUAUGUGAACAAAGCAGCUGCACAAGCAGCACCAGCAGCCCCCAGCAGUCCUCAGAGCAGAGUCCCACCUUGGAACAACCACCGGCCUCAGAGGUUCAUACAGGGCCACUCCCUGAAGACGAGUCAGAGCAAGGACAGCUCAAGAUGAAGGAUGUCUCCUCAGAAGGCAGCUGUGACCACCAGGAGAUCAAGACAGCUAAGACAGGAGAAGGAUUGUGCUUAAGAGAUGUGUCAGAAGAGGACCCUGCGAAUGCCCCCCUAGAACCACUGUGGCCAGAGAUACAGCAGGAACUGAAAAUUAUUGAACCUGAAGAGGAUCUCUUGCUCUUGCCAGCAGCUGUCCCCACAAUGGGCCUGAUUUCUGAAUCCUCUUCUUCAGUACAAACGGAUAUCUAUUCCUCUGGCCCAGGGCAGAGUCCAACACUGUCUCAGCAGAAAUCUACAAGCAGAACACCACAGAUAACAACUCAGGUGCCUUUAUUUGGUGCCGCUGGCAUGGAACAAGACAGCCUCCACAACUGCCAGUCUGAUGUGGCUGCACAGCAGAGCUGUGCUUCAGCCCUACCCAAAGUGAGUACUCUCUCGACUGGCACAGCAGCUCCAAAGAACCACCACCCAGUGGUGGACAGCAGGAGUGAAUGCCUCACUCCUCCCCUGGACUGGAAACUUUGUAGUCAAUCAGAACUUAAUGAGGUUGCCCCAAGUGAUGAAUUUUCUUGUUCCAAAGGAGCAUGUCCAGAGUCAGGGAGAGAAAAAGAUAGCACUUGCCAGCUGCAGAGAGAAAAGAAUGAUCUUAGCGGAGCCCAGACUCAGAGUGAGAAGCCUGAGAUACAGACCACUGAGGAAAGGGACACAUUCACCUCCAAGGCACUGAGUGGAGCUGGAAUCCAGGAGCUGAAGGAGGGCAAUGCUAUUAGCAGAACCCAUGAUGCUGGUGACCAGGAUGAUGAGGAUACCUGGACAGAUAAUGUGCAGAGCUUAGAGCUUGUGGAGCCCUGGGAGGAUCACCAGUGGGUUACAAGCCCACUCCAUUCCCCCACCUUUAAGGACAUUCAAGAGAAGAUGAUACAGGAGUUUCAGCCACAGAGGCAAAGAGCAGAGACAGGACAUUCUCUUAGACCACGAUUCAGUCGCAGCCUCUCCCUGGACAGCAAAGACACAGUGAUGAGUCUGUGGACUAUCCCAUUCUCUUUCAUAGAUGCCACUGACGAGCAACAACCAUGCAGUGACAUUCUGCCAGUGACUUGUGAGCUGCCCAAAACGCAACCCAUCUCACCCUCUAGUUUGAGCAAAGCUAAGCAAGAUGAGACUGGCACAAGUUCUUCAGAAGAACCUUCAAAACCUGAGGAGAUGAGGUACCCCCUCAGCAGGGAGGAAGCACCAGCUGGGAAGGAAGGACCCUCCAGAAUCCCUUUUUCAGAGCCAGAGGAAAAGAAAGUGAAUGUGAGCAAAGAAAACCCUUGGAGCUCAAAGCUUGAGCUGUCUUUACCACACCAAAAUAGCCCAGGCAGUUCUUCACAGGGGAAGAACACAAAGGAGUUAUCCAUGUCUCAGGACACUGCCCUGGGAGGCAAUACUGUCACCAGAGCAUUGUGCUCUGCCUCUGAGUCACAGCUGAGUAAUAAAGGUGAAGAAACAUCUCUCAAAGUAAAGACUAGACCAUCAUCCCUCAACUUGGAUUCACUCCUUCCAGCCUCAGAUUUGUUCACAUUCGAGAGCCUGUCCAUGCCCUCUGCUCCUGGGAACCUCCUGUGUGGGCAGAAGGAAGUAAAAAGCAGUGAUUCUGUCCCAUCCCUUCUGACUGCCUGCCCUGCUGCCGGUAAAGGCGUUUCCUGGGGGUCUCACUUCAGUGCCCACGUGGAUCUGGACUUGGAUUACCUGGCAGUGGCCCAUGCCACCACUGGCCGCCGUAACUCUGCUCCUGUCAGCGUGUCAGCGGUCAGGACCUCCUUCAUGAUUAAGAUGUGCCAGGCUAGAGCGGUACCCGUGAUACCACCCAAGAUUCAGUACACCCAGAUCCCCCAGCCCCUGCAGGCUCAGAACACCACUCCAUCGGCUGAGAAGAAGGAAGCAGAAGCCAAGCAGGUCAUCAGGCAGACUCAACGGGUGGCAUGGAGCCACCUGGAAGCCCCCAAGAGCCCGCUGACGGAGAAGAAAGCCAAAGCAGAGAAAGAAAACAGUGACCCAACUCAAAAGGACUCAACCUGUCCUUGGCACAGCAGCCUUAGCUCUCCGCUGGAACCAUCUCAGUGCAGUCAUUACCCCGCUCUGGAUGCCCCUGUUCUGCGCCGAAAGCGCACCUCUGAGGGAGAGACAGCUGGAGAUAACCCACAGUCCUCAAAGAUGGAGAGGCCAUCAGGGUUCUCCAAGCCUUCCUGCAGAUCUAGGCCUGGGAGGCCCCAGAGUCUGAUUCUCUUCAGUCCUCCUUUCCCCAUUAUGGACCACCCCUCCUCUUCAGCAGACUCCAGGGUGUUGUUAUCACCCAUAAGGAGCCCCACUCAGACCACCUCUUCGAGCCCCAUUUGUGGCGAUCUGUCUGAGACUUCGCGGACAACACCUGAGGGGGUGAUGCUGCGGAACAAAAUGACCAUCCCCAAGAAUGGCCAAAGACUGGAGACUUCUACCAGCUGCUUUUACCAGCCCCAGAGGCGCUCUGUGAUUCUGGAUGGACGAAGUGGGAGGCAGAUUGAAUAGCAACUGCUUCUCUUAACUCCUUUUCCAUGGUGGAUGGGAUGGGAGUGUCCGAGACCAACUCUGUUGCCAUUGUUGUUAUACUGCCUCUGUUGUUAUAACUAUCUUGUGCAAGAUGGACCUGAAUUCUUUAUGGUUUCCUGAAAAGCAUUUUUCUAUGGAGGGUCAUAGUCUUUUUGUCUUGCUUUUCCUUCCCUUUCUCACCCCUACCUAGUCCCUCACUGUCUGCUUUUUCUUUUUUUUUUU